CAGUUAAAAUCCACAUGUAUCUCAAAAGUCCGCAGUGGCAAAAUAUUGGAUAAAUUCUGGCCAAUCUUGGUCAUCAGUUUAUGUGAUCCUCAACAUUGCAUAAAUAAUGUGUUGGAAACGAUCGAUUAUUUUUUUCUUCUUUUUAUAUAUUAUUUUCUUUGAAAAUGUCUACUUCUAAAAUUGUUGCUGUUACAGGUGUUACUGGAAAACAAGGAGGAGCUGUUGCUCGCAAACUAUUGGAAUUGGGUCAUAAAGUAAGAGGUAUUACAAGAAACACGGCUUCACCAAGUGCUGUCAAGAUGGCUGAAAAAGGUGUUGAAAUGGUGAAUGCAGAUAUGGGAGACCUUGAAAGUAUGAAAACUGCCUUUACUGGAGUUGAUUCUGUCUUUGUUGUUACUCAAAUGAGUAUGUUUAAUCAUAAGACUGAAGUAAAACAAGGGAAAAUUGCAGCAGAUGCUGCUAAGUCCACUGGAGUGAAUCAUUUUGUCUUUACUUCAGUUGGAAAUUCAGAAAAUGCUCCUAAUGUACCUCAUUUUGCCUCCAAAUGGGAAAUCGAACGUUAUAUACGAGAUCAACUUCAAUUGCCUUACACUAUCAUCCGACCUUCCUUUUUUAUGGAGAACUAUCAACGUCAUGGUCAAAUGGCACCUGCCAAUGGUACCAUCAAAGGAAUGAUCCCCGGUAAUGUCAAAUUACAAAUGAUAGCUGUGGAAGAUAUUGGUAAGGUCGCUGCCACUGCCAUCGAUCAUCGUGAUAAGUAUCUCAACCAAGUGAUUGAACUCAGUGGUGAUGAAUUGACCGGUAAUGAAAUGGCAGAUGUAUUGUCAAAGGUUUCUGGCGAACCCUAUACAUACUCACACUGGUGGCUUUUCAGAUAUGUACUUCGUCAUUUUGUACGUGGUAUGGGUGCCAUGGCUGACUUUUUUGUCAAAGUUGGUUACAAAGCUGAUAUUCCCAAACUUCGACAAGAAUUCCCUGAAUUACAAACUUGGGAAACAUGGCUCAACAAAAAUGGUUUUGCAAAAGAUGAACCAUCUUCAUCCUCUUAG